AUGGUAGAGUUUGCCAUUAACAACUCGGUGCAUGCGUCCACGACACAUACACCGUUUUACGUGAAUGGCUUGCGCCAUCCGCGUGUACCCACCUUACUCGAGUGUAACUCUGGUUUAAGGGGGGGAGGGACUCGCGCGAGCAAAAACCGAUUUGGUUCACGCUCAUCACGCUCUGACGAAGAGGUCAUUGCGUUUGAUGCCAAUAUCGAUAUCGAAGAAGAUGAUGCCAGUGAGAGUGCGGAAGCCCUCACUGAAGAAAAGAUUGAUGUUGCUGCAGUGCGCUCACAGCGCACUGAAGCUAACGAGUCAUCAGAUGAGUUCAUACUGGCUCGUGAAACGGUAGUCCGUUUUGUGCAAGACUCCAUUGCCGAAGCGGUGGAUAAGCAAAAGCAAAACGCUGACAAGAAUGGAAGGGCAAACACUCUUUUAUUUAAUAAAGGUGACUCAGUCCUACUGUCUACGGUUAAUCUACCAAAACAUGUAGUGACUGACUUGGGUAGCAGUAAACUACUACCCAAGUACACUGGCCCAUUUUGGGUAUUGCACCGCCUAGGCAAUGCAUACACGAUCGAGUUGCCACGUAAGAUGCGAACGCAUCCCACGUUUUAUGUUGGUCGGCUUAAGCCGUACCAUCAGUACGCUGCUUCUUCCGAUGAAGAACGCCCUUGCGCUCAAGCAUCUCGCAGAGAGCCUUGUGCUCCCGAUGGUGGGCAUCGACAAGGGUCUGAAGAGCAGCUAUCUCAGCCCGAGACCGCUCAACAUCCCCACGAGCUAUCCUUAGCUCGUCACGGAGAGAUGUCAGAGCUCUCUCGUUCUCAAGAUGAGCAAAGGCAAACUCAGCUCGAUGCUUCGAGACAGUGUCCGCCAUUUGGAGACGCCUGUCCCGCUCAUGUUCGAGAUCGUUGCGUAGCCCUUGCGUUACGCGAUCAAAGAAGCUCUCGGGAACACACCGAUCCACAGGAUCGUGUGGAGAGCGUCUUUCCUCCUCCUCCACCUCCAUUAGAGGACUCUCGCGGUGGCCAGCGCUAUCUAGUUGAGCAGCUGUUGAACCACCGCGACGUGAACGGACGUCGGACGAGUUAUCUCGUCCGGUGGCGCGGCUAUCCCCCGUCCUGGGAUUCUUGGGAGCCCCGCUCCCAACUGAUGGUUGACGUACUGGGUCUGGCUGAGCAGUACGACGCGGCACAUCCUGUGCCGCAGAAGGACCGCCGGAGAAAGUCUUCCCGGCACGGUCGUAAAGGGAUUUCAGGUUGUCAAUCCCUUCGUAAAUCUCAGCAGAGAUACGUACGCGCCACCACGGGCUGGUAA